ACUCUGAGUGCUGUUCAGUGUUGUCAACAAAUGCCAGCAUUUAUUCAAAUCGUUAUUAAUUUUGUAAUCAAUUAAUUGUCAACAGAUUUGCAAUUAUUUUCUGUAUAUUAAACACACGUUUGAAUCGCAUGUGAAUCGCGUUAUAGUAUAUAAUAGGCACUCAUUUAUAGGCUUUUCAGUGAAUAGUGUUUGAAAUUGCGUUAUAUUUGGCGCUAAAACACAUGUAAUCACCAAAAAAUCAUUCAAUGUUUUCGUCAAUUAUUUUUCAGUUUUGAUUGAGUUGUCGCUCACCGGCGAAGACCGCAUCGAUCACCGCAACUGAUCCACUGAUUGGCCGGCAAUGGGUUCGCUUCAGGACAGCGAUCUGUUGACGGACACGAAGAUAGCCAUUAAGUCGCUCGUCAUCUCCAGUCCAUUGGGUAUCUCUUUGACAAAGUUGUGCCGCGAUUUCGAGGAUAUCGAAGGCAAAGAGGUUCCGUACAAAGAGUUGGGUUUCGAUACUCUGACGGCUUUAUUGAAGUCGAUGACAGAUAUGGUUCGGCCCAUCUUUGACGCCAACCAAUCGGUGACUUUGUUCCCAGUGGUGGACGACUCGACGGCACACAUCACCGAUUUGGUGGCCAAUCAAAGCACGAAACGGCUUCGAGCGCGAAGUGCCAAACAAACCGACGACAUCGCAGUCGACGCCGCGGACACCGGCCGUCGCGUCUAA